UGGUUCCGCGGAACAAACAUGGCGUCCGCUAUGCUGAAGGUUGCAGUGGCAGGCAUUUCGAGAUGUUCUCGUAUCACCCUCCUUAGAGCCUGUUCAACAUCAACCCCCCUCCAAGGGGGUGUUCCUGGAUCCCUGUGGAAGCUGGGGAAGCUGAACCACAUAGCCAUCGCCGUCCCCGACAUGGAAAAGGCCACUGCUCUGUAUCGAGAUGUGCUGGGUGCUACCGUUAGCGAAAAGGUCCCCCUGCCAGAGCAUGGCGUCUACACUGUGUUUGUGGAACUGGGAAACACCAAGCUGGAGCUGCUCCAUCCUCUCGGGGAAAAGAGCCCCAUCUCUGGGUUCCUACAGAAAAACAAGUCAGGAGGCAUGCACCACAUUUGUAUUGAGGUGGACGACAUUAACGCCGCAGUGGCUGAGCUGAAGUCAAAGAACAUCAGAACCCUGUCGGCGGAGCCAAGGAUAGGCGCUCAUGGGAAACCUGUCAUGUUCCUUCAUCCUAAAGACUGUGAUGGUGUGCUGGUGGAGCUAGAAGAAGCAUGAACAUCUCUGCUUUGCAUGAACUGUUAGAGGGUCUCUGGUUCAUCUACACGUCCCUCAGUGACUCUGAUAACACAGUGAUAACAGUGUUGUUCUGUAAAGCACCUGUAGUUUCAGGAACUGUUUUCCACUCUUUUUUUUCUAAGUCAUUUAAAAUGGUGGGGACUUUUUGGCAGUUUCCAUAAAGCUAAUUCAUACUAACAACUCAGUUACUCUUUUAAUACUGUUUUUUUUUUGUUUUUUUUUUUUUUGUUUUUUUAACAAAGUGUGUCUUUUUUUUUCUAAAAGAAAACAACGAUCUAAAGUUUGCAGCCAAUAGUACCCGGCAAAACAGAAAUAAAACACCCACACGUUUAACAUCUUGGUGUAAUUCAGAGAGCUGCACUACUUCAUCUGGCAAACAUGCUGAUUUAUCUGAGUGGUAGCAUCCAACAAUCCUAUAUGGCCAUUAUAGAAUAUUUUUCAACUGAAAAUGGUUAAAAUUAAAACCAGCACCGCUCAGAAUUUUGACCAUCCUGAUAACCUUGUGUCAGUUUCUACUAUAUUGCUUUGGUAUAAUAAAUUUUUUGAAACCUAUUUUGUAUGUAGCUGUAAACUGGGUA